AUGGCUGAAGGGGAGAGUUGCAAUGCAUCUGCCGCGGCACAGAAAGAAGAUUUUGAGAUCCUUGAUAGAAACCAGAUUCCUAACGUGACCGAGUUGAAAAGUGAGGAGAAAGAGAAAACUGGUGCAGAAGCAGGGUGGUCUGCUCCCAUCUUUUCACUGGCUAAGAAAGCUUCAGAAAACUUAUCAGUGAGCUAUGGCAAUGCUCUGAAGUCUGCAGCUUUGGUAGGACUCGUAUCCAAACAAGUCAGCAAUGACAGCACAGCAAAAACAACUCUGAAAUACCACACAAUGGAAGAACGGGCCAACCUGAUGAAUAUGAUGAAGCUCAGUAUUAAAGUCUUGAUCCAGGCAGCCCUCAGCCUGGGUAGGACUCUGGACUCUGACUUCCCUCCCUUGCAGCAGUUCUUCGUGGUGAUGGAGCACUGUCUCAAGCAUGGGCUGAAAGUUAAGAAGAGCUUUAUUGGACAAAGCAAAUCAUUUUUUGGUCCCUUGGAGCUGGUGGAGAAACUUUGUCCAGAAGCCUUGGAUAUAGCAACUAGUGUUAAAAACCUGCCUGAGUUGAAGACUGCAGUAGGAAGGGGAAGGGCUUGGCUUUAUCUUGCACUAAUGCAAAAGAAACUGGCAGAUUACCUGAAAGUGCUCUUGGAUCAUAAGCAUCUAUUAAGUGAAUUUUAUGAACCUGAUGCGUUGAUGAUGGAGGAGGAAGGAGCAGUGAUUGUAGGUCUGUUGGUGGGACUGAAUGUUAUUGAUGCAAACCUUUGCCUGAAAGGAGAAGAUCUGGAUUCCCAGGUUGGAGUGAUUGAUUUUUCGUUGUACCUUAAAGACACACAGAACAAUGAUGAUCUCAAACAGGAUGGAGGGAUUACUGCUGUGCUUGACCAGAAGCAUUAUGUGGAAGAACUUAAUCGACAUCUAAGCUGCACAGUUGGUGAUCUUCAGAGCAAAAUAGACUGCUUAGAAAAGACUAAUUCAAAACUCCAGGAAGAGCUUGCAGCAGCAACUGACCGGAUUAGUUCACUUCAGGAAGAACAGCAGCAGUUAAAACAGCAAAAUGAAUUAAUUCGUGAACGGAGUGAAAAGAGUGUAGAGGUAACAAAACAGGAUACAAAAGUAGAAUUGGAUACCUAUAAACAGUCACGUCAAGGUCUGGAUGAAAUGUACACUGAUGUCUGGAAGCAGUUGAAAGAGGAGAAAAGAAUUAGGAUGGAAUUAGAGAAGGAGUUGGAGCUGCAGAUUGGAAUGAAAACAGAAAUGGAAAUUGCCAUGAAACUUCUGGAAAAAGAUACGCAUGAAAAACAGGACACUUUAGUUGCUCUUCGCCAACAGCUGGAAGAAGUUAAAGCUAUUAAUUUGCAGAUGUUUCACAAAUCUCAGAACUCGGAUAGCUCACUGCAAGUGAAAAAAGAAACAAUAUCAUCUUUUGAAGGGAAAACCCAUGAGAUGCUCUCUACUAUGAAGCAGAUGGAGGAGAGGCUACAGCAUGCAGAAAAGGCUCAGCAGGUGGCAGAGGAAAAAUGUAACAGGAUGAAGCAAGAAUUUGCUGGCAAAAUUGAGGCUUGGCGGCAACAUAUCACCCAACUGGAUAGUCAAUGCUCCGCUCUGGAGAAGGAACUGAAAUCUGAAAAAGAGCAGAGGCAGACCUUGCAACGAGAGCUCCAUCAAGAGAAGGACACCACUGCUCUGCUAAAAACAGAACUGCAGCAAGUGGAAGGGUUGAAAAAGGAACUGCGAAAACUACAAGAUGAGAAACGGCAAUUAGAGAAAAUCUGUGAAGAACAAGAACAAGCUCUCCAAGAAAUGGGGCUGCACCUUAGCCAAUCCAAGCUGAAGAUGGAAGACAUUAAGGAAGUAAAUAAAGCACUAAAGGGUCAUACCUGGCUAAAAGAUGAUGAAGCAACUCACUGUAAGCAGUGUGAAAAAGAGUUCUCCAUCUCAAGAAGAAAGCAUCACUGCAGGAACUGUGGUGACAUCUUCUGUAACACUUGUUCCAGCAAUGAACUCGCGCUGCCUUCCUACCCUAAGCCUGUCCGUGUUUGCGAUACAUGUCACACUUUACUGCUUCAGAGAUGUUCCUCUAAUUCUACCUAAGGCUUCGGCUGUUUCAGAAGGACCAAUCUAACCUUGAAAGACUAGAUUUUUGUUUUUUUUAAACCCUUUAUUCCCAAUAUUCCCUGUGUAGCAGAAAACAUCUCUUUAGUCCUUUUGAUUUGCUUUCCAUUAUAGAACAGGUCAAGUAAACAGAUCUGAUUUAAAAGAUUAAGGGACUUUACAGGAAUUAUGAAAAGUAAUGUUGUGUUAAUAGAAUUCUUAAUAAAAUUGAGAGAAUUAACAAUCAUAGAAAAGGUCAGUUCAAAAUAUUCAGUUUCCUGAGACUGAAAUGCAAAUUCACUCUUUUCUGUAUUUUAUAUAUAUAUAGAAAAAGCUAUUUUCUUUGUAUUUAAAACUUUGUACACGUCACAUUUAUAGAUUUGACUGAUCCCUUAAACAAAUCACUUUUUCUGCACUGUAACCUCAUGGUUCUGCUGUAACUGUUCACUUUACUAUAUUCCAGAUAACAUUUAUGGUGGUUAUGUACAGUUUUGUAUGUGGUCAAACUAAGUUGAAGAUAAAUUUGUCAGUCUUCUACAGUUUAUGUCUAUGGAAAAAGCUUUAUAAAAUGUAUAAAUGAAUGUGCCUUCACUAUACUUAAAUCAGAGUAACAGACUAGAUUUGUUUCUAAAUCACUUAUGAAUAAAAUACAGUGAUAAUGCAAUAAAGAUGUUGUUAAACUGUGAAAAA